AUGGGCAUAGUGAUAUUGAUGGUCGUUUUUGGGGCAGAUGCUGCAGAUGGAAAUGACGUCUAUAGUCCAUGCUCUGAUACUAAAGUUCAGAGAGGUGAUGGUUUUAGCUUUGGUAUUGCAUUUUCCAACAAGAAUUCCUUCUUUCUUAACCAAGGUCCACAGCUCUCGCCGUGUGAUAGCCGUCUCAACCUCUCCGGCAAUGCUGCUCAACUUGCUGUAUUCCGGCCACAGGUUGAUCAGAUCUCUUUUCUUACCAUCAAUGGAAGCUCUUUUGACCCGGCCAAAUCUGGUGGAUUCAUGGUAGCUUUUGCGGGACAUCAGUAUGCAGCAAUAUCUGCUCCAAUUAUGUUUUCAGACAACUCUCACACCAUCACUAGUUUCACUCUGAUUCUGGAGUUUAAAGGGGGAACUCUUGAGAAUCUGAUAUGGAAGAGCUUUGGGUGUGAAGGAUGUUCUGGGGAAAGUGUGUGCCUGAACAACCAAGACUGUGCAGUGCCAGUUUCAGAGUGUCAAAACAAUGGAGGAGGUGGCUGCAACAUUGGGAUUCAAGUGGCAUUCACAGGGACAGACAGGGACCUCAAAGUCCUCAAUUCUUGGUAUCAAGUCAGAAAACUCAGGCCCUAUUCUCUCCCUUCUCUCUUCUCUGGUCUUCCUGAUUCCAUCAUUAUUGCCCCUUGACAAUCUUCCUUUUCUCAUUCUGUUUUUGCCCAGACUUGUCGAUGAACUGAGAAACAAAUCAUAUCUUUUACUAUUCAAUCAUGUAAUCAGGAAGACGGCCAUACCGAAAAAGAGAUUUUCUUCUUCUUUUUUUAACUGAUAAUGAGACAUACUUUUCCAAAAAUAUUG